AUGCAACAUGGUGUUUUAUAUUACACUGCUUCCACUUAUUAUACCAAGUCUGAACCAUUCUUGGUGAAAUUUGAUCUGAGGUCUGAAGUGUUGGAGAUUGCAUCCGUAUUUCCCGAUGGCGUUGGAUCUUUAAACACCAAAUAUUUGAUAAACUACCAUGGAAAAAAAGCAAAAAAAUCAUAUACUAGAGAUGCAUGUGGAGAGAAACAGAAACUUUGUUUGCUUGGAAAGAGUUAA